AUGUCGGGGACGGAUUCCCAAAGGUAUCUGAGUACGCGGGGUUCCUCGUGCGGACUAUCGUUUGAAGAUGUUGUCCUGAAAGGCCUUGCGUCAGAUGGUGGAUUGUUCAUUCCAGAGGCCAUCCCCCAACUGCCAGAUGGCUGGGAGGAGAAAUGGCGGGAUUACACAUUUCAGGAGCUGGCAUUUGAGAUUAUGUCUCUAUAUAUCUCCCCUUCGGAGAUCCCUCCUGAAGACUUGAAGAAUAUCGUCAGCCGUAGCUAUUCAACUUUCCGAUCACCAGAUAUUACACCCCUCGUUACCCUCGAUAAGCCGAAACAACUCUACCUUCUUGAACUGUUUUGCGGUCCGACUUUUGCAUUCAAGGACGUUGCUCUGCAGUUCCUCGGAAACCUCUUCGAGUAUUUCCUUGUACGGCGAAACCAGGGUAAGACUGGUAAGGACCGACAUCACCUCGUCGUGAUCGGAGCUACGAGUGGAGAUACUGGUUCUGCCGCUAUAUACGGUCUGAGAGGAAAGGAAGAUGCCUCUAUAUUCAUUCUACACCCCAGGGGGAAAGUUUCCCCUAUCCAAGAGGCUCAAAUGACGACCGUCCUUGACCCCAAUGUCCAUAACCUUAGUGUAGAAGGUUCCUUCGAUGACUGCCAAGAUAUGGUCAAGUCAAUGUUUGCCGAUCCAGAGAUGAACGAGAAGUACAAGUUGGCGAGUGUGAAUUCGAUAAACUGGGCACGCAUCCUCGCUCAAAUGACUUAUUACGUCCACUCCUAUUUCUCCCUCGUCCGAAGUCCAACAUAUGUCAAAGGAAAGCCCGUACGGUUUGUCGUACCGUCAGGCAACUUCGGUGAUAUUCUUGCUGGCUGGUUUGCAAAACAAAUGGGCCUUCCCGCAGAGAAACUAGUCAUCGCGACAAACGAAAACGACAUCCUGGACCGAUUCUGGAAGACGGGCAAAUACACCAAGAAGCCAGCCAAAAACGAGGCCACAGGCGCAGAGCCAAGCGGUGUUAAAGAAACCCUCAGCCCGGCCAUGGAUAUCCUCGUUUCAAGCAAUUUCGAACGACUCCUCUGGUUCCUUGCCCUUAAAGUUCAUGGCGGAGACGGAGAUAUUCAUCAACAGCGGCAAAAAGCUAGCGAUAUUGUUCGGGGAUGGCUUGGCGAUCUCAAAACUAAAGGUGGCUUCAGCGUUGAACCAACUGUUCUCGAUGCCGCCAAAGACCAUCUUGAAUCAGAACGUGUCUCCGACUCAGACACCAUCCAAACUAUUCGCAACAUCUACUCGUCCUGUUUCCCUUCGACUCCCGUCAGCAACGGAACGAGAGGUAAAGCUGGUGGAUACAUCCUUGACCCACACUCUGCCGUUGGAGUUGCUGCUUCACUUCGAUCUAUUGAUCGCAACCCUGGCACACAUCAUAUUUCCCUAUCGACGGCACACCCAGCGAAGUUUGCUCAUGCUGUUGAUUUGGCACUAGCAGGCCAGGAGGGCUAUCAGUUUGAGGACGUUCUUCCGCCGGAGUUUGUGGGGCUGGAGCAGAAAGAGCGCCGUGUGAUUGAGGUCCCGGCCGGAGAAGGAUGGAAGGCUGCGAGCAAAAUCAUCGACGCAAUUGUUUCGGUGUAG